AACAUUUCCAGCCAACGUAGCUAAGCUACGACACCACGCCAGUCAGCAAUAUCUCUCUUCAUUCUUUUUCUCCUUCCAAACAGAACAGUAUGCCAUCAGAUAAAGUCGAAAAAAAGCGCAAGCGCGACUCUGAUCGCCAUGAACGACCCAGCAAGAAGCCCGCACUCGAGCUCCAGGACCUACCGCCUCUGUCGGCCAGUGUAGUAGAUGAGCAUAGCGAGCUGGCUCCUGUGAUAACCCGCGCAGAUUCUUCGUCGUCGGCAAAUCGCAACAAGGGAAUUGUUUCGUCGGAGCUCCUGCUGCAGUCUUCCGAGCACACCAAGCUGGACUUUGUGGGCCGUGAGGCGGAGGAGGAUGCUGACUCCCAGCUUAAGCACUACGUUGCCGUGGUGGACCCGGAGAAGAAGACCUGGCAGCUUGUCGAGGUGCGCAAGUUAACGGUACGAGGAGCCGUGAGGAGGAUGAAGCCUCUGACAGAGGAGGAUGAGGAGAGCAGCGAGGAGGAGGAAGUGAAAACCAUGCGCACACAACGCACCGAACUGACCAACACCUUCGGCACGAAACAAUCACGCAAGGCGGCACAGUCGAUGGCUGAGAACGCACAGCUGUCUAACGCGCCCGCCGGUGCCGCCAACGCCGCCGAGUCGGCGAUCCUCUCGUCCAUGCCCGCCGACGCUGCGGCCGACAUCGCCUCCAAGGCGGCCGCCGUGCAGGCGCAGGUGCAAGCCAACAAGCCCAUCCCGCAGGCCAACCUGGACGCGACGCACCCUGCCGACGUCUACCCGAUCGACGUGCUCGUUCCCAACGGGCUGGCCACCCUCCGCCAGCUCCCCGGCGUCAAGGAGUGGGCCGACACCGUCUCCGCCGGCCUCCCCGUCGCCACGACCUCGCGCUACGUCUCCCGCCGCGUCGAGGCGGUCGUCAAGUCCGGCAACACCACCCACCUCCAGCUCCUCCGCUUCAUCCUCCUCCUGCUUGAGUUCGCCCGCUCCCUACGCUCCGGCCGGGACCCCAAAUCGUCCGCCGGACCAGGCAGCAAGCGCCUCCCGCCCCGCGAGGAACUGCGCCGCAUCCUCUCCUCGGCCUCGGGCAACCCGGCCUCUACCAGCAAGCAGCAGCAGCAGCAGCAGCAGAAUACAAGCCAAUCCGACGCCGGCACCCUCCCGGACCCGGUCAUCGACGCUAUCCGCCGCAAGUUCGCCCCGCAGGGCUCCCACCUCACCAAGAACGACCUCACCUUCCUGCACACCACCAUCUGCGCGCUCUCGCUGCACAUCCCCCGCAGCCCGCCAAGGACGCUGGCCACCGACCCCGCCGAUCUGCGCGACGAUCUGAGAAUCGAGAGCGCCACUAUCCUGCAGUACUUCCGCGAACUGGGCUGCCGCGUCGACAAGCCGCGCGAGAGCGAGUUCGCGAAAUGGAAUAUCAAGGGUGGCAAGGCUGAGGCGGCCGCCAGACGGAUUGCCCGUCUCAAGAUUCCUGUGGAGUUUCCCAAGGUGAGCCGCGGUGGACGGAGAUGAUUGUCCAUCCUUGCGGUCUUUUUUUUGGUCUCAAUGUGAAAAAUGAUAGAAACUAGAAAAAGUUGGUUUGGGAUGCUUUUGUCUCCCGCGAUACAUACUGCGCUUGCCUCAUGGUGUCAUGGGCGUUGGGGUUCCAUUCAUUUCAUUUAACUAGAUGAUAGCGCGAAUGUUGGACUAUAAAUGUCACCCAUUUCUUAGAGAGGCCUAC